AUGGCCAUUUUAAGUGUUUGGCAGUACGCCGGGGCGGCAGGAAUUAUUACGGUCCUGCUCAUCCUCAAAUAUGUGUUUGGGGAAAACAAGGCUCUGGCACACGUGCCGAAUAUCCGUUUCAAGGGGAGCAAUUCUAUCAAGAGAUAUUUGUUCGAGGCCGACCAGCUGCUUCAUGAGGGGUACACCAAGCUCCGCAGCGCCAUAGACCCGACUAAACAAGUCGUUGUUCUCCCCCUGAAGUAUCUAAAUGAAGUCAAAACCGCUCCCCAGGACAAGUUCAGUUUCCCCAAGUUCUCGCGCGAGUCCUUCCGAGUGCACACAAACCAUGCGCCGCUCAUCACCGAGGAGGCACAGAACUCGAUGAAAGCAGAGCUGCCCAAGAACCUGGGGCCCAUGAUCGGGGCUCUCCAAGACGCUUCGGCCAUCGCCAUCCAUGACUCGGGGCUUAUUCCGGACUGUUCGGCGGGGUGGACGAAAGUGAAGCCCUUUGAGGCUAUUACGGUCGCCAUCAUCCGGAUGGCACACCGCGCCCUUGCCGGUGCCGAGCUGGGGACCAGCGAGGACUGGGUCCACACCGUCAGGCAGUACCUGCAAAAGACAAACGAUGCCAUCGUGAGCAGCAACAUCUUCUUCCCUGGGCCGCUGGGGUACUUCGCGCCGUUUCUGGACCCUAACGUGCGGGCCGUCGCGCAGAUCCUAAAGAGCUGGGCGAAGCUGCUACAGCCGACAUAUGAACAGAAGCUCGCCCUAGCAGAGGCGGGCCGCGGCAAAGGAGAGACGGACGGCCUCGACUGGCUCAUGGCAGCGGCGAAGCAGGGCCCCAAGGACAUCGACGGGAUGAUCAACGACCUGGGCUUCCUGACCAUCGCCUCGGUCGAGACAACAGCCAGCACGAUCCUGAACAUCCUGUACGACCUCGUGGACAACCCACCCUUCCUUGGCCGCGUCAUGGACGAGAUCAGCACCGUGCAGGCGGCCCACGGCCCGCGGUGGACCAAGGGGUCCCUCGACGCGCUCGAGUACCUCGACAGCCUGAUGAAGGAGAGCCAGCGCCUGCGCCCGCUGGGCAUGGGCGCCGUGCACCGGUCCACGGGCCAGACGGUGACCUUCAAGGACGGGCUCUCCAUCCCGCCCGACACGCAGGUCCUCUUCCCCACGCACGAGAUCUGCCACGACGACGACUUCUACCCGGACGCGGGGACGUUCGACCCGGAGCGGUGGCUCAAGAUGCGCCGCGCGAGCCCGGCGGACCACAGCAGGUUCCAGUUCUCGUACAUCUCGGACACGUACGUCACCAUGGGCGCGGGCACCCACGCCUGCCCGGGGAGGGCGCUUGCGAGCGCCGAGAUCAAGCUUAUUCUUGUGCAUAUGCUCCAGCGGUGGGAUAUGCGGUAUGGGACUGCUGAUGGAAGGAGGCCUGCUGUUGUGCCUAUCGCGUUUUCGCGGAUUCCUGACGCCAAGGCGGAUAUGUUGUUUAGGGAGAAGGAGGAGUGGAGGGAGCAUAAUUGUUGA